GAACAUGUUCAUAGUGGAACUUAUUCAAAUACCUUAGAGCGCCUGGUGAAGGAGAUGGAAGACACACAAAGGCUGGAUGAGCUGCAGCAGCAACUGCAGGAAGACAUCAGGCAAGGCCGCGGCAUCAAGUCCCCGCUCAGAGUCGGAGGUGAGGACAGCACGGAUGAUGAGGAUGACCUUUUAGAAGAGCACAGGGAAUUUAUAAAGAAAUUUUCAAUUACAGUUGAUGCUAUUCCUGAUCAUCAUCCAGGUGAAGAAAUAUUUCAUUUCCUCAGUUCUGGGAAAAUUUUCAAUCAGUAUACCUUGGAUUUAAGAGACUCUGGUUUUAUCGGACAAAGUGCUGUAGAAAAGCUUAUUCUUAAAUCCGGAAAAACAGAUCAGAUUUUUUUGACGACACAAGGUUUCCUUACCUCUGCGUAUCACUAUGUCCAGUGUCCCGUACCUGUGUUAAAGUGGCUGUUUCGGAUGAUGUCGAUUCAUACAGACUGUAUUGUGUCUGUGCAGAUUUUAAGCACAUUGAUGGAAAUAACAAUUAAAAAUGACACCUUCAGUGACUCGCCCCUGUGGCCCUGGGUCCCAUCGCUGUCUGAUAUAGCAGCUGUGUUUCUCAAUAUGGGAGUUGAUUUUCGAUCUUUGUUUCCUCUGGAGAAUCUUCAGCCAGACUUUAAUGAAGACAGUCUAAUUUCUGAAACACAGACAGCAUCAGAGAAGGGGAGUGAAGAUACAUCUUGGAAACCCAUUUUUUCAACUCUUCCUGAAACCAACAUUUUAAAUGUGGUUAAGUUUCUAGGCCUGUGUACAUCUAUACAUCCAGAAGGCUACCAGGAUCGUGAAAUAAUGUUGCUGAUUUUAAUGUUGUUUAAAAUGAGUUUGGAAAAACAGCUGAAAGAGAUUCCCCUGGUAGACUUUCAAAGCCUCCUGAUAAACCUGAUGAAAAACAUGAGAGACUGGAACACAAAGGUCCCUGAACUCUGUCUGGGCAUCAAUGCACUCUCAAGUCACCCCCACAACCUGCUGUGGCUUGUGCAGCUGGUUCCCAACUGGACAGCACGUGGAAGGCAACUGAGACAGUGCCUCAGUCUGGUGAUGAUCUCAAAGCUUUUGGAUGAGAAACAGGAGGAUGUCCCUAAUGCCAACAAUCUGCAGAUUUCAGUCCUGCAUCGCUAUCUCGUGCAGAUGAAGCCCUCUGAUCUGCUGAAGAAAAUGGUCCUGAGGAGAAAGGCUCAGGAACCAGACGGCACAAUUGAUGACAGUGUCCAUCUGGAGCUUGAAAAGCAGGCAUAUUACCUGACCUACAUUCUUCUUCAUUUAGUCGGGGAAGUUAGUUGCUCUCAUUCUUUCUCUUCUGGACAACGGAAACACUUCGUGCUUCUCUGUGGGGCUCUGGAAAAGCAUGUUAAAUGCGAUAUUAGGGAAGACGCAAGACUUUUUUACAGAACGAAGGUGAAAGACUUGGUUGCCAGGAUACAUGGAAAAUGGCAGGAAAUAAUCCAGAAUUGUCGGCCUACACAGGGGCAGCUUCAUGACUUUUGGGUACCAGAUUCUUAACAGUUGUAAUAACAAAAAUAUGAAUCAAGAGAAAUUCAGCAAGAGCCUUUCCUGGAGGAGAAGAAAGGAUUAUUACAGACUCCAAUGGAAUGCUAAGAAAAUGUGCUGCAGAUGUGCCACUUGAAUAUCUAGGAUGAAGCUGGUAAUGAAGAAAUUGCUAUUUCUGAAGCAGAUAAUGAAAUGUGAUCUGCUUGAUUGUUACAGCAACUGACCUAGUAAAACAGUGGCUUCUUUAAAGGAGGGAGGAGUAGGAGCAGCUAAUAAUCACGUGUCUAACCUGCCCCUUUACUCCUCUUGUGAAGUUGUAAGCCAGUUAUCUUUUUUAGAUAGUAUUUGUGGUACUUGGAUAACCACAGGAAAUAUGUAAGAAAAGAGUUUGGACCAACUUGAGUUGGACUUGGAAACUAAGGCCAAGUUGCAGUUGGGUUUAAUUUUCCCUCUUGGUUAUUUUAGGACACAAAGGGAAAGUUCAGAACGGCAUUUAGUAAUAAAAAGCAUAAAUCUCUUCUGUAA